AUGGCAGAGAUACCCCCACCUCUCAAGAUCCAUCCUCCCUUGACCAACACCGCCUGCCCCUGGGCCACGACGCUAGACGAUUUACGCCAGCUCUAUGAGUGUCCCUCAACUGGCGCUGUCACGACUAGGACCUCUCUCAUCCAUGGUUUCGAUCACGACCCAUCUAGGCAUCAAUAUUCCUUGUUUGACGUUACGUCUCACGCGUCUAACCUGGUGGAUACCUCCCCGGUUCCGCAGGCAAACUCCAGCAUUAACUCCCUUGGCUACAGCCAUAUCGUCCUCGCAACCUACUUGGAAUUUCUCAAGAUCAUCUCCACUGAAAACCCCACGAAUCCCCGGAACAAGACCUUCAUCGUUUCAGUCACGGGCUUGCCCGAAGACAUCAUACAAUGCUAUUCUCUCAUCGCCGCUGCGGCCCCCGAUCUCGCGUUCCCCGUCGCAAUGGAGAUUAACCUCAGCUGCCCGAACAUUCCCAACCGCCCUCCACCAGCCUACACUCGUGAAGGUGUCGCCAGCUACCUAGCUGCCAUCCAGACAGCAGUCUCAAACAGCUCCCUGCCCCACCUGCCCGUGGGCAUCAAAACCCCGCCAUACACCUACAUCUCUCAGUACGAAGCUCUCUUCUCCGCUCUUGAAGACAGCGCUGCCGCGUCUCCCAACAGGCUCUGUCCCCUGAGCUUCAUCACCGCAACCAACACCCUCGGCUCCUGCCUCGUCCUGUCUGACUCCUCCCAGUCGGGGCUCACCCAUCAACCUGUCCUCCCUUUCAACUCAACACACUCCCCUGCUACAACUGACAAACCAUACACAAUGGGCAUCACUACCGGCGGACUAGGAGGUGUGGCUGGCGCACCGCUCCACCCCCUUGCCUUGGGGAAUGUGUGCACUAUCAGGAGGAUGCUGGAUGCUAGAAAGGGGAAGGGGUUGAAGCAUAUUCAAAUUAUUGGGGUCGGAGGAGUUCUGGAUGCGGAGGGGUACAUGAGAAUGAGGGCGGCGGGGGCUGAUGUGGUUGGAUUGGCGACGGGGUUGGGAAUUUUAGGAAGGGAGGUGUUUGAGGGGAUUGAGAGAGGGUUGAAGAAUGGGUGGUAG